AUGACACGAAGGACCUUAAAACUCACGUGCAUUUGUUUUCUCCGUGUGUGUCUCCCACAGGUUACAGCCAAAACUGCCUUCCUGUUCAUCUUACCUCAGUACAACGUCAGUGUGCCUGCAGCAGAUGGGGAGCUGGUCCAUUACCACUACGGGCUGAAGGACCUGGUCACCAUCCUCUUCUACAUCUUCAUAGCCAUCAUCCUGCAUGCAGUGGUGCAGGAGUAUGCCCUGGACAAAAUCAACAGGCGUCUCCAUCUCUCCAAGGUCAAGCACAGCAAGUUCAACGAGUCGGGUCAGCUGGUUGCGUUCCACCUCACCUCCGCGCUCUGGUGCCUGUAUGUCGUGGUGACGGAAGGAUAUGUGUCCAACCCCCGGAGUCUGUGGGAAAGCUACCCUCAUGUUUAUCUUCCGUUCCAGGUGAAGUUUUUCUACCUGUGCCAGCUGGCCUACUGGCUGCACGCGUUGCCAGAGCUCUACUUCCAGAAGGUCCGCAAGGAGGAGAUCCCUCGCCAGCUGCAGUACAUUGCCCUCUACCUGGUGCACGUGGCCGGCGCCUACCUGCUCAAUUUAACGCGCUUGGGGCUGAUCCUCUUGCUGCUGCAGUAUUUAGCUGAAUUCUUCUUCCACAUGGCCCGUCUUGUCUACUUCACAGAUGAGAACAACGAGAAGCUGUUUAAUGUCUGGGCUGUUGUGUUCGUGGUCACCAGGCUCUUCACCCUCACUCUUUACAUUCUGGUCAUUGGCUUUGGGCUGCCUCGGGUGGAGAACCAGGCUCUUGACCCUGAGAGAGGGAACUUCUUUAGCUUCCUCUUCAAUAAUGUCCUCUUCAGAAUGAGUGUGCUGCUGUUGGUGUGCCUCUUCCAGGCCUCGGUGAUGUGGCGCUUCAUCCACUUCCAGCUGCGGCGCUGGAGGGAGUACUGGAAUGAGCAGAGCGCCAGGAAGCGAGCCGCCGCGGCCGCCAGCGGUGCCAAGCAGCAAGCCAAGCCUCUCAAGAGGGACUCGGGUUACCAUGAAAACGGAGUGGUGAAAGCUGAGAACGGGACAUCACCACGCACCAAGAAGCUCAAAUCACCAUAGAAGCAGAGGCUUGUCUGUUAGGGAGGAGGACAAGACACCAGGACUAAGAACCAGCCCCUCCUUCCCUGUCCACACGAGAGUCAUCUUGAGUGGUUUGGAGACCUGACAUCUUCACAAGGUGUCUCUCACUCCCCUCCCUUCCUUUCCUGCUCUCUUGAACCAUUUGCAAUAAAACCAAAAAGGUCCCUUUCCCCUACUCCCUCCUCUUCAUAUAGGAGUGUGUUACAGACCUCCUGUUUUUGUCUUCCUCUUUUUCUCUGUAAGUCGGUGUGCAAUUUUUUUUCUAUUUUAGUGUUUGUUUUUGGUUAUUUUUUAUGAAUGCAUCAUAGAUGGUUCCAAACAAUCCUUUUGUUGUCUUCCACAGCGUGUUUCUCCCCUCCCUUUGUGCUACUCCUAGGGAUCAGGGACACGGCAGCCUGAAGGCACUGCGUGUCUGGGAUGAGAGGAAGGUGAUGGGGCUCUGUGCUCAGUCGUGGCUGUGACCAUUAGGUUCAGGGGUGUUUGUGGGUGAUGAUUGCCUCUCCGGGGACACAUCCAUUGAGCGCUUGGCAAGAGCUGCAGGAUGCUGAUGCUGCAAAUACGUGCCAGGAUCCAGAGGAGGAGACUUGUUUCACAGUGGACUUUGGAUAGAUGGGGCUUCAUCCAACCUCUGUUUUUCAGCUAAUUUUAGAGAGCUGUGCAGCAUAGAAGGGAGAAAAGUUCUCUCCUUGUACAGAAUCCCCAUCCUAGUCUUCGCUUGCCUUAGCUAUCAUGGUACAGCUGGUCCCUCUUUUCUUCUUGGCUGCUGGGUGUGAGCUGCCCCUAUAGCUGUCCUGGACCUCCCAGUACUGAGAGCUGGGCUUCAUGCUUUGCAGCUCUUUAAUGCCUUGUCAUGGGAGCAGUUGCAUCCUCAGGUCCAGGGUGCGUGAAGUCUUGUGUCCUGCCCAACUCUAUGAGCACACUUGUCGGCUGGCCUGGGUCCCAGCAGACCAGGCCCUUUGCUUACUUGAGGGUAUCUCAUGGACCUAGUGUUCUCAUGGCUCUUUAACCAUGUCCAGAUGAGCAAACUGGCUGCUGCGAAGGGUUUUGCGUUAAUGGGACUGUGAUCUUCAUGCAACCACCUUAGCCUUCCUUAUCCCUACCAUACCAGUCCAGCUGUGCCAUCUGCAGCCAUCAGCUCCUCUCUUUGUUUCCAAAGGGAUACAGAACUUGUAUCCACUCAAGGUGCUAUCAAAUGCAGGGUUUCUUCCAAAAACCCAGCCCCUUCAUCCCUUUCUGAGCUGUGAAUGAGAUGAUAGGGAAGGGAAAGGAAGUCAGGGGCUGCAAAAAGUAGCUUGUACAUUAGGAAAGGCCUGACCUGUGACACCUAGCUGUUGUCAGGUGGAGUUGUCCCAUAUCUACCUCAAAGGCCAUCUGUUCCUACAGACC